AAUCCUAAUCGCUGAGGCGCUGGCCGCUGUCGGUCGGGAAUUCUACCUUGAUUCUGCUUUCUCCCUUUGACUUUGGUCAUCGACAGGCCUCGCGUUCGCGGGCCACCUUUACCACCAUGCUCGGGUUUCUACGGAGGAAAUACCACGAAGCCCGGGAGAUUCUUGACGAAGUCCGUCGCACACACCCAGCAGAUCCCAUUUCCGUCCCACGAGAGGAUGGCUAUGGAACCAUCCCAGAAUCUCCGGACUUGACGUCGCCGGAACAUACCUCGCACGGAGUAGCCGAGAUCGAAGCUCUGGCUACCGCCUGGUCCACGCGGACGUUGUACGUCGGAUAUGUUUUGGUGUUUGUGAUCUUCUUCGUCAAUUCCCUGCAGCAGCAGACGACCGGCAGCCUCAACCCCUAUGUUUACUCCGCUUUUACCGACCACUCUCUCAUCGCGACCACAAAUGUGCUCACCAGCAUCAUCGGAGGAGUCUCAAAGCUGCCGAUCGCGAAGUUGAUUGAUAUUUGGGGGCGCCCGGAAGGCUUCAGCGUCAUGGUCGGACUCUGCACGCUGGGACUCGUGCUCAUGGCCCUCUGUCGCAACAUCGAGACCUACAUAGCCGCACAGGUAAUCUAUUGGGUUGGAUAUAAUGGCAUGGACUACGUCCUUCACGUCUUCCUCUCCGACACCACUGAGCUACUCAAUCGAGGAUUCGUGUACGGCAUGGCAUCCUUUCCUUACGUGGCGACCACUUUCAUCGGACCCGCCGCCGCACAGGUAUUCUAUCAAAACGACGCUCUAUGGUGGGGAUUCGGCACGUUUGCCAUCCUCACUCCGGUUGUGACUGCACCGCUGCUUAUUCUGCUCUGGAAUACCCGACGCAAAGCGCAAUCUGAAGGGCUUAUCAAGGGGAAGCGUCCCAGUCGCUCAUGGAUGCACACCGUCAUACAUUAUGCUAUCGAGUUCGAUCCGAUCGGGAUGAUACUGAUCACCGCCGGGUUCGUGCUCAUCCUACUCCCAUUAACACUGGCCACCUCUGGCAACAACAUGUGGGGUACAUCUCUGACAGAGCGCUGGAUGGCACCCGAUAUUAUCGCGAUGAUCAUCCUCGGGGUGAUUUGUGUGGUGUGCUUCGUAUACUGGGAGCGCAAUGGCGCCAUAGUCUGCUUAAUCCCGUACAGCCGUCUCAAAGACCCGACAUUGCUAGGUGCAUGCAUUCUAGCCUGCGCUCUGUUUCUGAGCUUCUACUGCUGGGACCUCUACUUCUCAUCCUACCUCCAAGUCGUCUUCGACACCAACAUCCGCAACACCGGCUACAUCUUCAACAUCUACACCAUCGGAACCUGCAUCGUCUCCCUCCCCGUCGGAAUCUUAAUCCGCAACCUCGGCCGCUUCAAAUCCCCCGCCCUAGCAGCCAUGCCUUUCAUGUUCCUCGGCACCGGUCUCAUGAUCCCCUUCCGCUCCCCCACCAGCCACAUCAGCUACGUCAUCGCCUGCGAAAUCCUCAAAGCCAUCGCGGGCGGAACCCUCGUCAUCUGCCAUCAAAUCGCCGGCCUAGCCACUGGCAACCACGAAACCGUCGCCGUAUCCUUCGCUCUCGUCGGAUUGGGGUCAAAAAUCGGCAGCGGAAUUGGUGCAGCCAUCUCGGGGGCGAUAUGGACAUCCACCGUCCCUGAUCACCUCGAACGGUAUCUCCCACCGGAUCGGAAAUAUAAGGCGGCGGAAUUGUAUGGCUCUCUAGCGAAGGUACUGGAGUAUCCGAUAGGGACGCCAGAGAGGGAUGCGGUGAUUGCGGCGUAUGGAGUGGCGCAGAAACGCAUGCUGGUUGUUGGGCUGGGGGUGUUGCCGUUGGCGGUCCUGGGGAUUUGUAUGUGGAGGGAUUUGCAGUUGAAGAGGGUGCAGCAGGUUAGGGGGAAUGUUUUUUGAUGGACGUGUGGGCCGGGGAUGAGUUUGAGGGAGGUAGUGGGGAUGUGGAUGUGUCUGUUUGUUUAUACGUGUAUCUUAUCUGUCUUGGUUGGUCUUCACACACUACCUACCCUGCGCUGGUUAAGAUUGAUG